AUGUUUGGGGCUUUCAGAUUCACAAACCCCCUCUCCGGGGGUCUUCUUUGGAAGAUCCCAUGGCGCAUGUCCAAGUUCCAGAAGCUCAGGCAGCGCCGCAGACUGAGGGCAGUCGACAACGUCGUCGACACCAUCGAGAACGCCCUCGCCAAGAAGGGAGAGACUGUCAAGGCAGUGGAGCGCUGGAGGGCUGAGAUGCCCACCGAGGCCGAGAUGCUGCCCAAGGACAAGUACACCAUCUUCGACCGCAAGGAGAAGAGGUACCGCAAGGGCAUCCACAAGCUUCCCAAGUGGACCCGUGUCUCCCAGAGAGUCAACCCUCCUGGUUACUAA